AUGGGAAGACUGGACAAUCUUGGCUUGCUGACUCUCGCCUUCAACUACAACCUCACGGUAGUCGGGAAGAUCUGGAUUACAGUGAUCGUGUUGCUUCGCCUACUUGUAAUCAUUGGAAUUGGCUACCCUCUGUACCAGGACGAGCAGACAAAAUUUACAUGCGAUUCCAUGCAACCAGGGUGCUCCAAUGUGUGCUACGAUGCCUUUUCCCCCAUAUCUCACUGCAGAUUUUGGUUUGUACAGGCCAUUGUGCUCUGUUUGCCUUUAGUGAUCUUCAUUAUUUACGUCACUCACAGGCUGCCCCUGCAAAAUGUAAAACACCCUUGCCGGCAUCCUCAAAACCUGGCAGAGACCUCACCGAUCAGAAAGGUGCCAGUGGGACGAGCUUCUUUAAUACACAGAGGCUGUGAGACAAAUCCUGGUUCAGAGGUUGGCUGUGGUGAACCCCAAGUAGUGAGUGAUGAUCUCAGAAUAGGGCAAAGAAUUCAUAAUUUUUGUGAGGCAUAUGUGCUUCAAUUACUUCUAAGAACUUUAUUGGAAGCAGGAUUUGGAGUCGGCCAAUAUUACUUGUUCGGAUUUUUUGUCCCAAAUAAGUUUGUUUGCUCUAGUUAUCCUUGUGCCAAUAUAGUGACAUGCUACCCAUCCAGACCUACUGAGAAAACUCUUCUGGCUAACUUUAUGUUUGGAGUUACUGGGCUCUCGUUUUUGCUGAACUUUGUAGAUUUAAUUUAUGUCACUAAGAAGGGCGGGAAGCAAAGCAAGAAGAGGAAGUUGCUGAUGACGAACAUUUAUCAGGAAGAGCCCUAUCACGACAUCCCAAUUGACACCUGUGUGCUUCCUGAACACCAGGCGCUCCAAGAGUAUGGUGUGCACGUACGGGAAAGGUGUGAAAGUGGAGCAAGUGCUGCCAGUGAAGCAUCUGCCAAACCAGGGCAGGAGAAGCAGGCAGAGGUACUGUUGGAGAACAUGGCCCUCUCCAACACCAACAGCAACAACACGCAUUUCCCCAUGACUGCGCCAUCUCCAGCCUCCACAGGAAGAAUGGCUGACAAUGAUGCCGAGAAGCCAGCCCUGUGCGUGAGCGUGUCAGGAACCGCCGCUCAUUCGUUCAAGAGGUGCGGAGGGGAGCUGCCAGAUCAGCAGGGCUCCAGGUUACGCCAGCACGCAGUGCAGAGGUCUGCCGGAUCUCCAGCGAGCAACAGCCAAUUGAUAGAGGAGUACAGGCUGGUCCAUAUGCGCAUUACAGACAACAAGGAUGGUAGGAGAAAGAAAUCUGAAUGGGUUUAA